AGUAAUGGCGUCUUUUUGUAGGCACUAACUCCGGCAUGGUUCUUUGGACAGAUCUUAUGGAGAAAAUGAUUGGCGUUUUUGGAUAAACGACGAAAAUAAGUUGGGUAUGUGUUAAACGCAGGCUUAAAAGAUUUUAUACGUUUUGCUCUGUGGAAUAAUCUUCAUCAAUUAACAUAUGUUUUUUGGUGACUUUUGAAGAAUUUAUAUUAUUUCUUAAAAAGCACAUAAAGGCUUCAUAAUUCAUAAAGGUCAUGUUAGCUGACUCCUAUUAUCUCAUAUAAAAAAAUAAGUAUAAAAUCUCCAAAACCUGUGUUGACCUCGGACCUUAUUUUCGGCGUUUAUUCCUAAACCCUAUUCUCUCCACAUUCAUUUUCGCCAUAGGGAUGGCUGAACGAAUCAGACGUAACUCAUUUCCGGGUUGUAGAACUACAAAAGCAGGGUAAUGGUUAGAAGGGUUACGUUUUUGUCAGAAUUGACUUUUUGAAGCAGGUUUAGGAGAAUUGAUGCAGCAGGUUAGGAGUGACAGGUUAGGAGAAUUAGGAAAAUAUUAGGAAAGGGUUAGCUAAAAUGCAAAAAUAAAUAAAUGCUUUUGACCUGAAUUGACAAAAGCUGGAUCCCAUCUAGAGAAAACACUCGCGAGUCAUCUAACUCGUCACCUGGAAGUAACUAUGUCCUGCGACAACCAGCAAGGAGACCAGUCGGCCUUGAAGAAGAGAAUAUGUGACUUUUUAGAGGUGAAGAAACAAGGAUCCACUGCCCUCCAGAUAGCUAAGGCUGUUGGACUGAAGAAGGCCAAGGAUGUAAACAGUGUCCUGUACGCUUUAAACAAAGCUGGACUUCUUUAUGCAACCACAGACAAACCACCAGUCUGGUCUGUGGAGAAACCAGGGGCGGCGUCAGUCUCUGUGAGUGUUCCAGAGUCAGAUCGAGUGCCUAGUCCUUCUGAGACCCCUGGCAACACAUUGGAGGAACUGAGAAGGGUGCUGAUGUCACAGAGUGAUGGAAGAGCGAUGAGUGUGCAAGAAAUUGCCAGAGAAUUGGGCCAAUCACGAAAAUGUGUGAAUAAGAAUCUUUAUGACCUGCAAAGUAGUGGCAAGGCAGAAAAAUUGGGAGAGAAAAUGUGGAAAAUGAAGGAUGAAGCAAGCUGUGGAGGAGAGCUUAUUGAAUACCAGAGUUAUGAUCAAGAUAUUGCCAUCAGACUGACUGAAAGCUCCAGGUUUUCCAAAGAUUUCAAAUUAUUGAGUGUUCUGGGUGCAGGAGGCUUUGGGUGUGUCACUAAAGCCCAACACAAAUUGGAUGGAAAAACGUACGCUGUGAAGAUUGUGAAGAAUAUGGGAGAAGCAAAUCGUGAAGUGAAAGCACUGGCUACCUUGGAACAUUCUAACAUUGUUCGCUACUAUACGACUUGGCCUGAGGAUGCCAAUUGGGUCGAUGGGGGCUACAGCACAGAGUCAUCGGUCCAGUCUAAAAUCUCAGAAGACUCUGACAAUUAUUCAGACCAGGGAGAUGGAUCUACACAUGGAACAAAGCAAUCAGAUUUAGACCUUUCUGAAUCAGCCAGCGAAGACCAAGCAAACCACUCAAUGACCGAUUCCAGCUCAAGCAAUGGAGACUGGCCUUGUUUGUUCAUUCAGAUGGAGUUCUGUGAGGGAGGGACGCUGAAGGACUGGAUUAGCAAAAAUAAUGUUAGAACGAAGGACAAGGCACAUGGAAUAUUUCAGCAAAUAGUUUGUGGAGUGGAAUACAUCCACUCUGAAGGACUUAUUCACAGAGACUUAAAGCCAGAGAACAUAUUGUUUGGAAGUGAUGGCAUGGUGAAGAUUGGAGACUUUGGUCUUGUGACCACGAUCACCACUCUGAGUGGAGCAUCAAUGUACAGGACUGUCAACAAAGGAACACCAGUUUACAUGAGCCCUGAGCAGAAGACUGGGGGGAAAUAUGAUGAGAAAACAGAUAUAUUCUCUCUGGGACUGAUAUGGUUUGAACUCCUGUGGCACAUGUCCACUGUCUCGGAGAAGAUCAAGGUGUUCGAGAGCCUGCAGAAAAGGACAUUUCCUUCUGACUUCCGUGAGAAGUUUAUCUUAGAGCAUAAAUUCAUCAGUAAAAUGCUGUCGGAGUCGCCAGCAAACCGACAAAACGCAGAAGAGAUUGCUGCUAUCCUGAAAAGAAACCUGCUCGGAAACCAAACUGGAUUACAACAGAAAACUGUAUGAAAUGUUGCAGGGUAGUGGCUCGAAAUGCUUUGGGGAAAACAGUGAUGUCAGCAUAGAACACCUGCAUUGCUUGCUGUUUGGGGUUUUAGGCUGGGUUUCUGUACAGCACUUUGAGAUAUCAACUGAUGUACGAAGGGCUGUAUAAAUACAUUUGAUUUGAUAGAAGACACGUUCUCUUCGAGACAGAGCGCAUAGUGAUGAUGUCAUGCCUCAACUGAAGCAGUAAACUGGGAGGGGGAUCAGUAUCAGUACAGUAUCCUACUGUAUGUCUCAGGAACAUUUUGGCACUUAUCUUUCCACUUUUGAUUCUGCUGUACGGUUUCUUUUUAAAAGUUGAUUACACAGAAUAGAGGGUAAAUAUGAAUAUUAUGUGUAGGAAAAAUGUUUGGGUCCACCACACAUUUCUAAUGCAGAACCCAAGGUGUUCUUAUUAUAGGUUUCUAACCAGGUAAGACCCAUUUUUAAGUAACAAAAAAACUAUUUUCAAGGGCGACCUGGCAAGAAGUCAAAACAGGGAAAUAGAAGCCGUGUCCAUAAAACGUUACAGAAAAACACAGAAUAAACACAAAAAGACAAUUUCACAAGUUAAAGAUUCAAUUGAAGAUCAGAAACAACUGUAUUGGUCACAAACGGAGUUGUCGAUCAGAGUCUUAAAAACAGACAAGGACACCAACUCCCCUAACUUUACAAUCUUUUGAAGCAUGUUGAGAUGAAGGGGAAUUGUGUGGUUUCCCCAUCUCAGUUGUAGCCCUAGGAACAGACAAGGACAGCAGCGAUUGUGAACGAAGACUGUAUUGAGCGACUGAUCUGGUUAGUAAUCACAACAUGUACGGAGUUGAAAUUAUGUCCAUUUUAUUGUGAUCCUUUCUACUUUUAAAAAAAAAACGUUCUAAUUGUAACAAGGGCACAUGGACAGAAUCAUGGAGUUUAUUUAAAAGUAAAUGAAAACAUUGAAUGUUCUUACAGGGAGAUGGGCAUAUGGUUUCUUCCAAAUGUGGCAAGUCUUCACAACUACGCAACUUGUGCUUUUAAAAAAAAAAAAAUAUUAACGUGAUUUCGAAUUAAAUGUUAGACGCAUACUGUAUAAAGAGCUUAUGAAAUAAAUGUCCAACGCCAAUGUUGUUAA